GUUUCUCGCUGCAUAAGCUGUUGGCUGGUUGAGUUGUUACCAAGCUGCGCGGGGCUCCGCCCUAAAUUCCGCGUCUCUAAAAGCCGGGGGGUCUUUUUAAAGGAUCUUGAAGGACGCUACGAGCUACAGGAAAUAUCGAACGAUUCGUAAAUUGAAUUUCGAAUGUUUACAGACGUUUGAAACGUGAAACAAAACAGAGUGAGAAAAGAGUAUAGAAAAAAAAACCACAACACAAGCCAACCGAAAAACGGUGUGUCUAUAGGUGAAAAAUAUAGAACGCCGAGCGCCAUCUUGAGGCUGUUUUCGGAAGUUUUAAAGUGUCGCGAUCCGUUUCAAAAGUUUGAUAUUAAAAUGUGCAAGGAAAAUAAUGCUACGAUAGUUAUCCGAACCCUGAAAUUCGUUUGAUAUUUUUUUCGUAAACAUUUACAGAGUCUAGUAUGCGAAUAUAGGGCGCAAAGCGCCGCCUCUAGGCACUAGCGGCAAGCUGUUAACGACGAUUGGCCAUUUUGUGCCUGACAGGUUUGGAUCCGCGAUCCCGAGUCUCCGCUUUAUUCCCUCGAUUUUUAUCGUUCGAACAAAAUUACCAUCGUGUUUCGCGUCACAUUUUAAACGAAACAACACUGCUGAUGCGAUUUGCCCUUAAUUUGCGAACCGCAAUUCCUUCUAACGUGAUAUAUUCUUACUCAUGAGUGUUUGUGAAAAUGUUAGUGUUUCGGGGGAUUGCUUGACAGCAGCAGGCCGCUAGGGCCAGUGACUCUGCCUCUUAGAAUUGAAUUGUUUUUCGGACGGAGUGUCACACUUGUAGUUAGCGAUCGAGUAGACAAAUCGGGACAGACAAGCGGCGAUAAAGUUAAAUGGGGCUGGGUCAGCGGAGGGAGCGGGGGUCUCCCCUCGCUGCGGAGCGUAGAACUCCCAACACCGACACCAACUCCCCCAACUCCGUCGCCAGCUGCUGAAUCUCCACUUGCUAAUUCAACUAAUUUACGGGGCAUCGCCUCAAGACCUAAAUCUCGAGCGGAUGCAAUGUUGGAGCGUGCCUUGACGCAACCACAACAGUAUUCCGUGGACCCGUUGAAGAACGCUAAGAACUGGGGAAUCCCAAUUUGGCCGACAAGUAAAUUGCAGAUCUGGUUAGACAAGAUCUAUGUAUCUCUUAAAGGCACAUGUAACUUGAAACAGAUUCAGCAACUUAGCGUAAACAAGGAUACAAAAGUCAAGCAAUUGAAGGCACCUUAUAUAAAGUUUGAAUCCUUCCAAAGGGACACUAAACCUAUAUUUUUGGAAUUACCCGCUUGGCCACAGCUGAAUUUCGAAGGUGAACCCGGUACUUGUCCGUUUGACACUAAACAGCGUGAGAAGAAAGAGAUUACAGUAAGCAGCAAAGAUAUUAAGGAAAACAAAAAGGUCUCAAUUCUCAAUCAGCAAGAUAAAGAUAAGGACAUGACUCGUAGGCCUCGUGGUGGGGCAACACGGACUCGGAGAACGGAACAAUUAGUUGCUGGCUACUGUGAAAUAUGUCGGAUCGACUAUAGAGAUUUAAAGAAGCAUGUGCGCAGUGAUCAGCAUCUAAACUUCGUUCGAAAUGACGACAAUUUCUUAUCUUUGGAUACCUUGAUUAAUGCUGGAGCCAGUGUUGAAGCCUUUCUAAAAUUCAACAGAUCGAAAGACAUUGGCAAGGAUUGCAGCUUGUUUCCAAACGUCAGCCGCAGCCUUCGGAGCGUCGUGUUACCAGAAGAAAAGGUGGACAAGUCAUCGAAGCCUGAAUUGGAUAGUUACAACGCUAGCAAUAUCGAUAUGGUGCAAUGCAAUGGUGCGCGAAGAAGUCUUGAUUUAAAAUUGAAUCCAUCCCACAAUCUGAGAACUCGAGCUAAGCAUGAAAGUGGACAUUUGUUACGAUCGAAAGGUAGCCCGUGGCAUGAGGUGGAUAAGAGUGAUAAGUUUUAUGACAAGUUUGAGGGUUUCACUAUAAAAAAGCGUGCGAAAGGUACCAUUUGGAUCGAGGAAGAUGAUCCGGAUGAUAAAUGUGUCAAUGAAGAUUCUUUUAAAGUAAAUAAAAGUCAGGAGUAUAACAAAACAGGUUCUAUUGAUGAUGGUAAUGAUGUCGAUAGUAAGGUGAAACAGGAGAGUCAAAAUACAAAUGGUGGACAAACAGACAACGAACAAAAUUUAAGUUUUAAGGAAAUAAAGUGCGAACUAAAUCACGUUUAUGAGCUGAACUGUUUGGCGGAUUGUGAGGUACCCGAUAGAAAGAAAAGAUUCACAAACACAGAAGACAGCCGGAUUCCUGAAGAAGGUGGGGUUGUUGAUUCAACGAAGGUAGAAGUUCGUGUUAAUGGACAAGAUGCCAAGAUUGAAGAUAAACAUUUGAAAGCUAAUAAAAAUAUUUAUUCUAAAGAGACUACAGACAGUAUUCACCGGUGUUCAAAAUCCUACAAGAAUUCGGUAACAUCUGCAAAGUGUCAUAAUGACAUUAACAGACUCAACGGCAGCUCGAAUGAUACUCCGAAUGUACAAAAUGACGUUAAGGAUUCCAAAGCUCUGAGUUUGGUGGAGAAAGAUCUUAAGGAGGAAAAUACAAGGAUUGUUAAACCUAGUAGAAGAGGAGGUCGAUUGUCUAGAGGCCGUAAUCGACUCUCUGUCGAGGAACGAUUGAUUGAAGAUAAUCGGGCGUAUUAUAAGGUGGAAGUUCUAGGAAAUAAAUUGAGAUCUAGUACGAUUCCAAAUUCGCCAGGAGUAAUACCUUUAAAGGAGGUUGCUGAAGAUUUGAAGAAAUAUGACACUCCUUCAAGCGAAAAACCUGUUGUUGUUCGUUUUAAACGUGUCAGAAAGUCGGAACUUUCCUUGCUUAGCGACGAAGCUGAGUCUUUCAUGUUUGGUGAACCAAAACGCGAUGAAUCUAGUGACUGCAGUGAAAGCGAUCAGCAAAGUAGCACUUUGCCGAAUGAUACAGAAAGCGAACGUGACUUGACGUCAAAUUCCUUUACUUUAAAUUCUAUGGUGAACUGUAGUUCUUCAGUGUGUGACGACACGAUAGAAGAAGAUUCCCAAGACUCGGUGUCUUUAGGACGAGCAAGAAAAAGGAGACGCACGCAGGCAGAAGCCUUCAUAAAAGACAAUGAAGAUUACUACAAAUUCCAAACACCCGGCAGCAGGUUGAGGUAUCAAGCGCCAACAACAGGUGUGAAAGAAUCUGGAGCAGUGCCAGAUUUCGAGGAAAAUAAUAAAUUAGAUGCAGCAAAUACGACAACAGCGGAAGCUGCCGAACCUACUUUUUCAUCUAAGCCUUCACCGGAAGUGGAGAAGCUUCAAUUUUCGUUUGAAGCUGUACCAAAAUCCGAGCCGUGGUAUCAAACCUACCAACGUCAAGAUGAGGGGGCUGAAUUCUGGCAUUGUUUCAGUGAAGGCGAUAGCCAGAAGCCGUUCUUAUUACCAUAUGAGAUUGAGAAUUUUCAUGAAACAUUGAUGAGAGGUUUCAACAAAUCUGAAAAUAAUCGGAGGAGGGGUCGUGGCAGAGGGGGUAGCAGUGUUAGUAGAUCACCUAGGAAAAGUCCAAGAUGUCAUGCAUCGACUUUGGCCAUUAUGUCAACCAUUAUUAGGAAAAGAGAGCAAUUUCAACCACCGAGUUUAAGUAUUAUUGAAGAAGAAACACGUUCGAACAGGUCGCGAACAAACACCCCUAAAUCAGAGGCAAAAUCUGAUGUGAAGUCUGAAAUUGAUGAGGACCUUAAACAGAUUGCAAAAAACAUAGACGACAUGCUUUGCGGAAAACAUUUCAUCGGUCUUGAAGACUCGUUUGAUACUGAAUUGAGCACUUCAAUUGAAUUGAAUAUGGUGCACCCCCAAAUACCAAAAGGUCCCCCAUCAAAUCUAUUGGAGUUACUUGACAAUUGCCAAGAUGUUAAUUGCUUGGAAAAUUCGUCUUGUGCCAGUUCAGAAUGUGGGGAAACGACAAAUAUUGAGUCACCUAUGAAAAGGAGAAAACGUAGAAAAAAUAGAACUGGUUGGCCUGGUAUUAAAAUGAGGAAGAAAUUACAAGCUAAACAAUCGAUCGAUGUGGAUUGUGAGUUGGAAAAUGUACCUGAACAGAAGACAGACAACAGGUUGUCAGAAACAUUGAACGAAGACGUCGACUCGGACAGAUUACGUAGCGAUUCAGAUCCAAGAGUAGCAGAAUCUAAUGGUGAUUGUCGAAUCCAUCCCGAAGUCGUGGGUGAGAAUGAAACUGCCAGCGAUUUGAUGGAUCGAAUACAGGGUAGUAGAAAAAGUACAGAUACUUGCGCUUCGAGCAUAUCUUACAGUUAUUCGAAAGAUGAAAACUCAUUUAAGAGGCAUAGGAGUAGAGAGGAUGUGGGGAAAUGUUUGCCAAAAAAUUUCGAAAACUUUGAUAAUUUAACGAAAAGUGAUCGAAAUUCGGAUAACAACGAUGCAAAUGUUUCAAAAUCAAACAGAGACUUACCUGAUAAAGAUCUUUCCAGUCAUGAAAAUUCCCACAAGUGUACUACAGGACAAACUAACGUCUCCAAAAGACAACCUCACUCAAAUUCCAUGUCACGCAAAGUUCAGCGUAGAAGUACAUCUACAUCUGAAUUUCAAGAGGCUAGCAUUGAGAAUGAAGUUCACGAUGAGGUGUACAGAAACGAUUGUCAUCCUGUUGGAGAGUCGAGAAAACAGUCCAACUCCAACAAUGUUUCCAAACGACAUCAAAACGAAGAUGUGUAUCCAGUAACGUGUAAUUCCGACAUUGAGGAGGAAAACCGUUUUAGUAGCUCUUGUCGAAAAGAUACUAAUUUGGUGAUAGGAUCGAGAAUGCCACAAAUCAACAAUAUGUUGUCGAAAAGGCAAAGGGUGUCUAAAGAUACGUCCAGCGAUACGCAUAGUUCUGAGACGAAACACAAAGAAGAGAGUUUGGAAAUUCUAGACUCCAAAGGAACCACGUCAAUUGCCGUGCUCCAAAAACAGUCAAACACAAAUUCUGUACCUACGAAAAGACAACGAGAGGAAACAAGCUCUUCGGAGAUCCACCAUUCUGGUUUUGAGGACGAGAAUUCGUGUAAAAAAGAUACUAAUCUGAAUAUCACGUCUAAAAAACAACAGAAUUCCAGAAAACGUCAACGGAGACAGACGCUAUCCUCUGAAGCACGAGAUUCCGACAUUGAAUUCACAUUUUCAGUAUCGCAAAGAGUUAGCCCUGUUGUGUCUUCAGCGGAGUUGGAGAAUCGGCGAUCGAGUAUAGAAUUCCAACCUGUUGUUAGGAUGACAAAAAUCGAUGAUCAGGUUGAUAUGGACAAUGGUGUUUUAUCGGUAACAGUUGCGAGCAACCGAAGGUUAAGAAGUUCCGCUUCACCUAGAUCUAAUAUUCAGCCACCAAAAUGGUAUAGAAAUACUAGAGGAAAAUUUUGUCGGUGGAUAAAGGACAGUUGAAAAACUUUGAUGAAUUUUGCAGCUAGUAUUAAAUAUAUAAAUUUCGAAAGCGCUAUCGAAGUUUGAAUAUUUAAUGCGAGCGGUGCAUUGCGUGUAUAAAAGAAGGUACUUGUGUAUUUAGUGUAGUAUUUAACACAGCUAAUGAAGUAGAUAUUUAGUAAUAUUAUAAGUAUGUAUAAUUAUUAUUAUGAUUAAUAUUAAUGUAUUAUUGAAAUAUUAUUAUAAUGAUUACCGUCGUUUUCUGGUGACUUAGCUGCCAAGAGCCGCUGUGUUGUACAUUCUUUAGAUGUCGUCUUGGUGUACUCUAAGAAAAUCAUUCGUUUUGUAGUAAGAUAUUUUUUAUAGUUUACUACAUACCCUCUAAACAACCGUAUUUUUGGUUAAUUUAAAAAAAAAGUCUGCCAUUCUCAUUAAAAUGCUGAGUCUUUGUUUUUAAGUUUUGAUUUAACAUUACAAAGGUAUAAUAACUGAACCAUAUACAUACAUACAUUAAUACAUACAUACCGAGAUAUAGUCAUAAUCAUUUAUGGAUAUAACUAGCGAAAUAUUUCUUCAGAGCACACAAGACUCCAUGCAUAGCUUUAUAAUAGUAUAACCAUUUUCCGUUAUUUGCAUACCAAUAACAUUGUAAUAUUAUCUAUUUUAAACUCUGAUGAGAAAGUAUCCCCUACAAAAAAAAUCUUGUUGAUUUCAAAUUUGAAAAAACGUUGUAAUUCUUGCGUGAAUUCCAAAAGGGUUACGAUUAUUAAAACUUACGAAUUUUCCAUACAGAA